AUGUCUGAGAAAAAGAGACUAUCAGUAAAGAAAAAUAAAGAAUGUCAAAGAAAAGCUAUUGAAAUAUUUUCGUGCAGAAACACAUUCUACAGCAAAAGUAUUUUGCCGGCUUUAGAAAGUUCAGGUUUAAACGAUUGGAAGAAUAUUGGAGCACUUCUUUCUUCUUAUGAAAAAAGUAAUUCACAUCUUGUAAAUUUUCAAAUGUGGAAAGAACUUGAUAUACGUUUAUCUACAGAAAAAAACAGUGAUCAUAUUAACCAACAAAAAGUUAAUGAAAAAGAACAAUAUUGGCAACGAAUUUUAGAAAGAUUAAUUACCUUAGUCAGAGUAAUUGCUACGCAAAACUUGGCAUUUCGUGGAACAAAUGAAAAGCUUUACAAUAACGCCAAUGACUGCAUCCCAGAUAAUAGACAUACAGAACAAAUGACAAUAAUAAUUCGUUUUAUUGAUUUAGAAUCACCAACAUCGCAUAAUAAAGAUUUAGUUAAAAUUAAAGAACAUUUCUUAGGAUUCAUACCUGUGGAGAAAUCUACAAGUGGUUUUUUGGCAAAAACAUUAAUUGAACAAUUAGAAAAUUUUAUUUUACCAAUUGAAAAUCUCCGUGGACAAGGAUACGAUAACGGAAGCAACAUGAAGGGUAAGGAGAAUGGGGUGAAAAGAAAUAUUUUGGAUAUAAAUCCCCGGGCGUUUUUUACUCCAUGCAGCGCACAUUCACUAAACUUAGUUAUGAAUGAUGCAUGCAAAUGUAGCUUAGAUGCAAUAAGUUUUUUUGGUGUGGUGCGACAGAUUUAUAGUUAUUUUUCGGGAUCACCUUCUCGUUGGCAAGUUUUUCGUAGCUAUUUUCCAGAUUUUACUGUCAAGUCAUUAAAUGAUACAAGAUGGGAAAGCCGCAUUAAUGCUUUAAAACUAUUACGAUACAAUCUCGGAAAAAUUUACGAUGCUUUAAUGCAAAUAUUUGAGGAUCCAAGAUUACAAACUACAUCAGUAGCAAAUUCUUCCCAAAAUGAGGCUAAAGGGCUCGCAAAUUCUAUUUGCAUAUUCAAAUUCAUGGUUGCCUUUGUUUCAUGGUACGACAUUCUUUUUGAAGUUAAUAUUUCUAAUAAAAUAUUACAAAAUAAGAAAGUUGAUUUGAAUGUAGCUACACAACAAUUAAAUAUUACUAAAAACAAACUUGUAAAAAUGAGAAAUGAUAAAGGCUUUCAAAAAAUUAUUGUUGAUGCUGCUGAAAUUGCAAAAGAAUUGAAAACAGUAACAAAUUUUAAAGAAAAACACGCCGGGAGAAGGAGAAAAAAGCGACAGUUCGAUUAUGAAACACAAGAUGAAGCGUUGCAAGAUCCAAAAGAAAAAUUUAUAGUUGAAUUUUAUUUUAAAAUUUUAGACACUGCUAUACAGUCUAUUGCAGAAAGAAAUCUAGAAGAAAUUUUAGCUCAUGGUUCUCAAAAAGAUAUUAGUGCAGCGGAUCUUUGUAACGAAAUCAAAGUACUUUCUGGAAGACUCCCUCAACAAAUGACACCACAUGAAGUACUAACUUUUAUAGUUGAAGAACGUUUAAUUGACUGUCUACCAAAUAUAUGUACUUCUUUAAAAAUACUAUUAACACUUCCAGUGUCCGCUGCAAGUGGCGAGCAAAGGUUUGUUUAA